AAACACGUUCUUUUGACCCACAAUUUUCUGCACUCACUCCACAAACAUAUGUAAGAGCCGCAAAUACUAAUUCUAUUAUCAUCAUCUUCUUGCAAACACAUUCUAUUAUACUGUAUAUGCAACCAAAUCAAUAAACCCCAUCAAAUUUUCUUGAAAUAUUAAAUAUGGUGAAACCCACUAAAUCUUCUGAUUUAUUAUCAUCUUCUUUAUGUGUAUCUUCAUCAUCUUCUUCUUCUUCGUCAAUAAAGUGCAAAGGAGUGCGCAAGAGAAAGUGGGGAAAAUGGGUUUCUGAAGUUAGACUACCCAACAGUAGAGAAAGAAUAUGGUUGGGUUCUUAUGAUACAGCAGAAAAAGCUGCCCGGGCAUUUGACGCCGCGCAAUUUUGCUUGCGCGGUGACAUUGCAAAGUUCAAUUUCCCGAAUAAUCCCCCGGAAAUUGCUGACGCAAGGUCAAUGAGUGCUGCCCAAAUACAGGCGGCGGCUGCCCGGUUUGCCAACUCGGAUCCGGAGCCCCUGGAAAGCAUUUCGGGUCACAUAGAUAAUUCGGAUCUUUCUUCUUUGUCUUGUUCGUCUUCUGAAUUGUUGGACGUAGAGUCGCCAUCUAAUUUUGUUUCCGAUGCUUUAGUCCAAACAGAUGGUGAAAUGAGCCUUGAUUCUGAAUUUGUUGAUUUGUUUUCCUCUUUAGAAAAUGUCAAUAACGAGUGCGAUUUUGGGAUGUUUUCGGGAUUUGAUGAUCUCGCUGGUGACUUUUUUAUACCACCGUUGCCCAAUAUCGACCCUGCAGAAGAGAACUAUGAUGGGCUCUCUUCACUUUGGAACUUCUGAGAGUUUUUCAAGAUUUUCUUUUUGGCAAAUGUGUCACAAUUCUAGAUAAUUUUGCUGCUAGAAUUAUUGGCUCUCUUAUGUUUAUAUAUUUCCAUCCGUUUCAAUU